AAAUGUUUCCAACACAUUUUGUGCGUAUAUUCAUAGUUUUGAGACGAUUAGUUGUCUUUUUAAGCGAUCACUCAACCGUGAAUUGUCGACCCAACUUACGCCUGUUUAAAAAGCAAAUAUUGUAAAGAGAACUGUGGCGUGUAGAAGAGGCCGGUUUUUCAGUCUACAGACAUGUAACUUCCUAGUAUCUCCGCCAGUGUCUCAUUUGUCUCAAGAUUUCGGAUUCUUCAAAGAUCCAGACGUGAAAAAAAAAAAUGGAUUUUACAUUUGACACCGGUUCGAUUUUUGUCUGCCUCCUCCUUGCUUUGCCAGGUGUAACUGCUCUGGACUCUGGACUGACCGGAAUCAUCGGGUCAUCUGUAGCGGUGGGCCUAAUGCUGGUAGCCAUAAUCAUUGUAUGCGCUAUACUGUGCUACAGACAUAUAUGUGACACCCAGUUCACACAUUCAUUAUGCAGGUACACACCUCCAAGAGGUCCCCCCAAAACACGGCAUCGAAAACCGCCGCCAAAAUAUGACAUGAACGGAAACGCGCCUAAUGGCAUUCCCCUUCAGACUCGAGUCCCAAACGGGGUCAUGGGAACCCCUCAUGGUACCCAGCGAAGCAACCGGAGUAAGCAGUUAGGUAGCCACCGAGGUCCCCCGGGUCCUCUAAGGUUCACUGCAGGACCUCCUGGUCUCUACAGAUCCAUGAUGGCACCACAUUUCAUGUAUCCUCCGUAUCAGCAGGUUAUUUAUAUUGACGAAUCAGAAGAGGACGAACAUUCGGUGCGGUCCACCAUGCGAGAGCACAAAAGGAGAUAUAAAAGGUCCUUCUUCUCAGCCAGUAGAGAUGCGUCGUCCAAAGUGGAGAUCAAAAAACGGUCUAGACGACCACAUCCUAAACUCCGCGAUUUCGUUCGCUCUAACCCUCCAGGAGACGAGGAGAAAGCGGACCAAAUCUUAGAUGAAAAUAAAUCCAUUUCGUCGAGUUCUGUUUCAUCCAAAUCGAACAAUUCUUUAGCUCGAGGAGGAACAAAUCAUAAAUUCACUAGUCAUAUAACUAGAACGCCAAGUUCUAGCACAGCAAGCUCUGUGGCUUGGUCUGUCCGAGAUCAGUCUAGGAGAGAAAAGCCCAGACCUCGGAUUUCUAACGAUGAAUCGAAGAAACAUCAUCAGCGUGAAUUUCGGUCUACUCAGAUCGAUAGUUACCCUAAAUCGACGGGGGAAGUUGAAAGCGGAGAAGAACAGAUAAAAUUUUCUGACGAAGAAACAAGUAAAACGUCUCCCGAGAGAAAACGUAGAUCCAAAUCUCCCGAAAAACAAAAUGUAGAUAACACAAAUUCCCCACCCAAAUAUCCCGAGAACAUGACGUCACUGAGACAAUCGACAAAGGAACAGUCAUCAAGAAUAUCGAAAGAAUCCAAUGAGGAGGCCAGGCAAAUUGACGACAUGUUCAGCGGAUUUAGUGCAGAACCAACACCAGGCGACGUCAUCUUCAAAGAAAGCAGUUCAAGUUCUCCGAAGCAAACGACACCAAGGAAAUCCUUCUCUGAGGAAAAUAGGAAUUUCAUUGAGGAAGCUUCCGGUAAUGAAUAUGCAGCGGUGAUUAAACCAAGCGUAGCGGUGCGAGAAAGCAUAAGGUCAUCCGAUGGCGAUAACGCAGGGCUUUAUGCUUCCGUCGUUAAACCAACGACUCCUGCUGUUUAUGAUGAACAUCAAAGCAAUCCGUUACGACAGUCGAUGUCUGACCAGCUAGAAAAUAUCAUUCAGAACAGGCAUGCUGGAAAACCUACAGAAUUUGAUAAAGAUUAUGAUGAUGAAGAGGACAAGGAAAUUAAAAAUAUUCCAGAGUACCCUAAUAAAUCUUAUAGUCUUUCUCAAACGGAAAGACGUGACAUUUCUUCACGAAAAGACGUCUUAGGCUAUUCACAGACAGCCCAGCUAUCGAAGUCAAGUAGACAUUACAGAGAUGAACGAGACGAUUUUACCUUUGAUCGUGAUUACACAAGAGAUGAGAGACCCGCGACGCCUCCCGUUGAUAUCCCCAGUGAACCCGUUUCUCCUAGAGAAUCCUUCAACAGACCCGCUAGGUCUUCGGGUUAUCCCAUGCGUCCCGAGACGCCUCCAUUUGACGCAGUUGUAACGCCACGAGAGUCCACAGUAGAGAGACCUCCCACACCUCCUUUUGACGCGGAAACAGAUCGGUCGACAAAAGAGAGAAAAUCGCCAUUCUCACCACAAACAGAAUCAAGAGGACCUCCAGACAUGAAGGCAGCAUUUUCAAAUCAGGUUCUUCGUGAAUUACAGCAAAGACAGAGAGGGGCAUCCAUAGGAGCUGAUGACGAUGAUGACGCAAGUAACUCGCGAGCUGUAAACUUUUCAGCAGCACCACCGGAAAUUAUUCCAAGGUCAGAACCAAAUAGUCCACGGGCGUCCAUGAAUAUUCCACAAACUGGGGCACCGCCUCCCCCACCUCCUCCCCCUCCACCACCCCCUCCUCCUAUGCUAUAGGAGAAACGUGAUAUGUCAUAUGUAUUUCUGAUAGAUUGAGAAGAAUUAGUGAAGUGCGAAAAUGGCUAGUGAUAAGUAUUAUGUUUAACAUAUGCAUCAAACAUUUUUGCCAACAUUACUACGACGCGUUUCACCAUACAUAAAUUGGUCAUCAGUGAGCGCCUUCCAUACAAAUAUAAAAUUGUAUUAAAUUUUGCCAAAGGAUGCGUCAGAGAGUGCUUUUAAUCACUGCAUUGUUAAUUUCAUGUACACAUAUACAUACAAUACUUAUGCAUUUGUGUUUGCUCAGAUAAAAUUUAGAUAUCAUAGAUUUUUUUUUAUACUGUAUUGUAGAUUAUAGAGUCUGUAUUCAUACCAUAUAUGGUCCAUUUUUAUUGUGAUAAUAACAAACUUUAACCAGAAUUCUAUAACACAAACCAUAUUGAUUUUCCUAAGCGUGUAUACUUAUACCUAUUUGUUUUUUCAAAAGAAAAAGUUGGUAUCAUGAAAUCGCUUGUGCUCAUUGUGAGUAAAUGAACAUGUUUGAAUGUUUUAAUAUAUUAUAAUAUGUACAGUUACAAAUUUCUAUUCUUAAACAACAAAAGUUAUAUUUUUUUAUUGUGUACAUAACAAAGGUUACAUUCUUAUGAAUGAGUAUGCAAUCACAAGAUGUUCUAUGUUUAAUUUAGAUUGGGUCUUACUUCAUCCAAGCACAACUCGAUAUGGAUGAUUUUAUAUCUAAGUUUUUAAAACUGUAAGAUGUUUUAAUUUUGCCCCAGUCUAAAGGUGCUAACAAUUUUCGGCAUACUGAUGAAUAGAUGGUUAAAGACGUACUAGUAAUCCAAUUACUAUUUACAUAUAACUCUCUUAUCUAUGUAUUGUUUUUAUUGUGAGUAUAUGAUUUGUAUUUCAUUAAUUGUGACAUAUAAGAAUCGGAGAGAGAACACAUGUCAUAUGUUUCUGUAAUCGAUGUCGUUUAUGUUGAAGAGUAUGUCGUUUGGGACAUCAUGUUCCAUUUCAUCUCUGUGUGUAUAAAUUACAGCUUCGUGAAUUUUGUAUAGAUAACACAUGUUUCAAUGGCAAUUCGUGUAGGUUUCACUGCUGAAUUGUGUAAACCUCGGUGUUGCUUUACUUUGUUAUCUGAUGACCUUGUUCAACAUUAUCAUUACCUUAAUUAUCUCUGUGAUGUGAUAAAUAUAUCUAUGAAUUUUAUAUAGUAAAAAUAUAUCGCAAUCUAAA